CCGCAGAUCCCCAGGGAGACCCCGCUCAACUUCUACCAUGAACUCAUCCAUUUGCACCCCUGGGCGCCGUUCGUCCGCCCACGAGAAUUACGCUUCGCUUCUUUGACCGAUCAUGAAGUUACCAACGAACUACCGCUAGAAGAUUAUCGUCACAUUCCAACAUCUGGAUAUCUCCGAUACAAGUUUACGAAGUCGCUUUUUCCGUUCGUCAACGUCCGUCGAGUUGGAAGAGCAGAGCGCAUCCCAUUCAUAGAACUUCAAACCCUGGAAGCGACCAUCCGCUUUCGCCAAGAAGCGAACAUCAUCAAAGGCAAACUCCUGUCUGGAGUCUUCAUCCGUAUUGAAAACAGGCGUCAGCAAACCCCGCUAGGGAAACUGCCUACGCUAUCCACGCCUCCGCCCGCGAUCCAAGGCCGUCGUCCAGUCCUAUAUCAGGUAGUGGCCACAAAUAGGGGCCAAUCGCUCAUCCUCGAAGCUAAGGACUUCUUCAUCCCCGGCCCGGACAUGAAGGAGCUUCAGUGCAUCACUCUCGACCAGUAUGCCACCAACAUUCAGACGGAAAUGCGCGGAUUCGACAAGUCACUUGUUUCGGUUAAGGAUUUUGUCUGGGUUUGGACCAUUGAGCCGUCACCUCAAGCCCUUCGUGACCCCGAGAUGGUUCUGGAACGCGCCCGUUCGCCACGCACAUACUCCAUUGAAAGCGACGUCGUCUCGUUCUUCCGCGCCGCCUCAUUCGCGUUCGUGACACCACAUGUUUGGGCACACAACGUCCUUGGGAACGUGAUCCGGAUAUUGCGCAAGCACUACGAACCAGCUAGAUUCACGGCAGCAUUCGAAGGGACACCAGAAACAGUGAUCAUAACACCAGCGAUCGCCGACUUUCCCUUGGACGAGAUCGCCGAAGAUGAAAUGAUCGUCGCGCAAACCAGGCGCAACGUGUCCACCGCCAUUCGCUUUUCGGAACCUGCAGUAUCCGUCGAGGCCCGCAAGACCCUUUGCGAAUCAAUUCGCUACACGGUUCCAUGCCACCCGAGGGAAGGUAUGUUGCCUCUCAGAGUAAGUCGGCUGGGACAAGACGAUAUCGCAUGGCUACAGGACCGCGCUAACCAGUUCGACAAUUUCAUCAUUGAUCCCACGGCUGCAAAGCGGAAGAUGGGUCACCUUUUCAACGCGGCCUGCUCAGGACUCGCAGCCGUCAAAUCGGAAAGAGAUGACCGCCUCGCGCGUUGGGUCCACAUCAGCAUCGCCUCCCUCAAAGUCUAUCCGCUACAAUUAUCC